UCCGUUGCACUUUGAAAAUUCUGUUUAAAAUUUCAUACUUUGCCGAAAUUAGUUGUAUAGUUGCUUUUAUUUUUUAGUAAUUUCAUUAAUUUAUUCGCAAUGGCAGAUAGAGAAACUCAUAAUUCAAGACUUGCUGCUUACAAAAAUGCUGGUCAUGGAACGACAGAUCUGCGUCGCAAGAGGGCAGAGCUCAGUGUUGCCCUUAGGAAGCAAGCUCGUGAUGAACAGCUGCUCAAGCGGAGGGCACUCUCUCCUGAAGCAGGAGAGGCACCUCAGGAUGGUGAGAAGCAGCAAACUCCAGGAGAGAUUGUAAAAGGUCUAAAGUCUCAGGAUCUAGCUGUGCAGACAGCAGCAGCACGUGCGGCCCGCCGUAUGCUGUCGAGGGAGCAGAACCCUCCGAUCUCAUUGAUGGUGGAUGCUGGUGUUAUCAAGCCUUUGAUUGCUGCGUUGGACAGAGAUGACUGUACCGACCUCCAGUUUGAAGCUGCUUGGGCUUUAACCAACAUAGCAUCAGGCACCCACGACCACACCAUGGCUGUUAUCGAUGCCGGCGCGAUCCCACCGCUGGUGUCGCUGCUGGAACGCGGUGGAGCGGUGGGCGAGCAGAGUGCGUGGGCGCUGGGCAACAUCGCGGGCGACGGGGCCGGGCCCCGGGACGCCGUGCUGGAACACCGCGCGCUGCCCGCGCUACUGAAGCUGCUGCGACCGCACACGCCGCCCAGCCAGCUGCGGACCGCCGUGUGGGCCUACAGCAACCUGUGCAGGAAUAAGAAUCCUCUAGUGAAAUUUGAUAUGGUCUCUCCAGCUCUUCCAUAUAUAUCCGACUUGCUGGAAGUAACCGAUCAAGAUAUAUUGGCGGAUUCAUGCUGGGCACUGUCAUACCUAACAGACGGGCCCAACGAGAGGAUAGAGUCUGUACAAAGCACCCCUAACCUGCUGGUCCGCCUCGUCUCCCUGCUGGGUCACAAGUCCCCCGCCGUCAGGACCCCCGCCCUCAGAUCUGUGGGGAACAUGCUCACUGUGAUGAACAGUUACCCCGUUGCUGAGACGGACCGUUGCCUACAAGCCGGCUGCCUGGAUCACAUCGCCACGCUACUCCACUGCGGGAAGCCAUCCCUCAUGAAGGAAGCGGCUUGGGCUAUCUCAAACAUCCUAGCUGGCACCAAUGAACAGAUACAGCAGGCGAUCGAUAAGGGAAUCCUGAAUCAUUUGUUACAUGUGCUGUCUUUCGAUGAUAUCAAAUGCCAGAAAGAAGCCGCAUGGGCGAUUACCAACUUGUGCCUAGGUGGAAGUCCUCAGCAGCUGGACGCUCUACUUGCGGCCGGGUUCCUACAACCGUACUGCUAUCUAUUGAGUUCGCCCGACCACCGCGCUGUCACCGUUGUACUGGAUGGUCUCACCAACUUACUGCAGGCCGCCGCAAAAUUUGGACAAGUGGAGCCUCUGUGUAUAAGAUUAGAAGAGAUAGGGGCUUUGGAUCAAUUAGAAGCGUUGCAGCAACACGAAAACGAAUCGGUAUAUAAGAAAACCUUACACAUUUUGGAUACAUAUUUCGCGGAACAAGACGACGCGGCCGCUGCACCAACAGAAACGAAUGAAGAAUAUCAAUUUGGUACAACAGGAACACCAAACAUCAACUUCUAGAACGAUCCAUGUUCAAAUUGCCCGGGGCCCCCAGGUCCCGUAGUAUGUUACACUAGCGACCCUAUUGUUAGCCACUGCCAUGUAUAUUUCUAUUAUUAAUACAAUCAUUUAGAUUAUAGUAGGAUAGUAUAUAUAUAGUAGGUUUUAUUAUUUACUGUUAGCAACAUGAACAUGCGUUUUUUUAUAAUUAGUAUACAAGAUUCUUCUAGAAAAUCGAAGAUCGUUAGAUAGAAUUUUUCUUAAGGGGAAGCAACAAAUAGGAUGCGUUGUUAAUUGUAUCAAUUUUGAUCACACUUAAAAGCAGCAAAUACGCUAUCCCAAAUACUGAGAUACAA